ACUCCAAGCCCUCAAAGCAGCAGUACUGAUGACUUCCUGGACACUCUGCUGCAUGAUUCCUCCUCGUCCCCCCUGUGGUCGCCCCGCACCGCUGACAAUGGUGUUAACAAGGACCUCCUGACUGACCUGACAGACAGUCCCCAUCCAAUCUCCUGCGCAGGGUUCCCUGCCUUCAACAUUCAGGUUUCCCCCCAGCCUCCAGAUACCGAGAACUCGCCUGCGGCAAAAGAAAAGCUGCCCGACGUGUCCAUUGAUCUAGGCUGGGAGUCUGAGGGCUGCCACGAGGAGUUUGGCAUUACAUGCUACCUUUCCAACAGCCAAACCCCACUGCUGCCAUCAAGCCGGGCGCUCACAGUGAAGGACCUGCUUUUAUCCAAUCUGGGACAGAAAGUAAGAGAAGCUCAGCAUCUGUCUGACGCACCAAGAAAGGUCGCUGGAAGAAGCAAAGCUCUUCCUCUGCCCGAAGUGUGUGGCUUCUGCUUCUUUUUGCUUCGGUUGCCAAAGAUCACAGAUGCCGAGAAACUCRAUGCCCGUAUUUCGUCUGUGGGUCCCUUAUGUGAAACUUUCACACAAUCUCUUUCAUCUUCUUCCGCCUCUCUUUGUGUUCACAGUGCUCUGCUGGAGCAGCUAAGCCGGCUACAGGCUCUCUUGCCUAAUAGCUCCUGCAAAACAACAAACAGAGGAACCUGCAUCCUGGUUUUGCUCCUCUGCUUCUCUCUGCUCGUUUCCUCAAAUAUUCAGCCGGUACCUUACAGCCAACGCAGCCACGCAGAAUACACAAGGACCGCAGCGUCGUCGCGCUCCCUGCUGUCGACGGGCGAAGCGGGAGAAGCUCAUCCUCAAACUUUUUCACUUCCCUCGGUCUCCUGGGGCUUCGAGGACCUGCGAAGCCUAAAGGAGAAGCUCUGGGCCUGGACGGUYGUCUCCACGGUGCACCUCCAGUCGCCGUGCCAACGGGAACACAAGAACGGAGAUGAUUAYGGAUCUUGGCGGAGCAGAAACAUGUAGAAGCAGCAGWAGUGUUGGCUUGUGUGUCAGCACUUUAAUUGCUUUUUUCAGUGUCUGUGUUUGGCUGUUAUGAUUUCAGUGGUGCACAAACUAGAUGCUACUAGCCAGAACCUGUGCGGUUAUGGUCGGUAGGGAGCUACAGCCGCACUGAUGUCUGAUAAAACAAAACUAAACGAAAACAGGAAAUAGGAAACUCCUCAAGGUUCUUGUUCACGUACAUGAGAAGGAGAUUCACCCCUUUAUUUUAUUAUGCACUUUAAAUACAUAUUGUUAAAUAUGUCAGGAAUGAACUUUAACUUCCUCUGUAACAUUUCAGUGAAAUGAUGAUAAAGCACAGGAGCUAAAGAAGUUUUCAAAAUAAAAUUUUGCUAAAAUACAUUUUUUGCUUUUCUUAAUCGCUUCGUGUAAUCGCUUUGUGUAACUGUKCUGCAGUUACACAAACAGGAGGUACACAUCAGUGCAGUUGUGCGCUUGUUGCUGUUAACAGCGCUCUGGGAACGUAUCCAUACCGUCAGAGUAAAGCCACAAACCUCAAAGAGUUUAACUCACAAACUGACGUAACACGGAAGGAAAACGUUACCCAGUUUUUGCKACUCUUUAUCCACCAAAACAGGCUAACUGAGGUGUUCCCGAGUUGGCCAUUUUCAGAAUAAAAGUCGUUACUAAUUACUCUGGUUUUAUGUUUGSGRUUGUUGUUCUGCUGGAUUGCUUUUGYGGCCUCUUGCAGCGUUUACACUAGCAUCACCCUGGUUUUAAUGCCAUCCAGGAAGAAAAGCCUUACCCACAGAAARAAGCUUUGGAGCGUUGUGUUUGGGGCGAUGUGCGGUGUUAGUUUUCCACCACAAAUACUGCUUUGUAUGCAGGUCAGUUUUGCCCUUGUUUGGCUGGAGCUUCUUCAGCGUGUUUGCUAUUUCCUYUACAUAAUUUGUGGCAAAUAUUCUUUGUUUACUUUCUACAGUGGAUUUUUUUUUCUCCACACUCACCACUUACCCCUAAUGGAUAGAUUUUAUGGAGACAAAAAAUAUUUCCCAUCAACAGAUUCUCCCACAUGCAGACUCUAAAUGUUUUGUUGUUUUUUUUCCCCCAGAGCUAUCUUGUAUUUAGCUCCAUUCAUCUUUCCAUAAACUCUAAUCAGGUUUCCUGAGCCUGGUUUAGAAAAGCAUCCCCACAUCAUGACGCCGUCGCCACCAUGUUUCACUGUGGCGAUGCUGAAGGCACACAGCAUGUCUUAAUUUGGGUCUUAUCUCACCAGAGAAUCUUUCUUUUACGUGUUUUCUGCACCCUUGUUAAAAUGGGACUGCUAACGACUCCUUUCUCGCCUCUACCUGCAGUUCCUCCAGAGUUAUCUGCUUCACUAAUUACUUCACUCUUUUCUCGCCUUCCAGUGAAGGUUGCUCUUCAAGUAUCGACAGCUUUGCAGGCCAGUGACUCGGGAUAUGACUCUACAAACCAACCCUGCUCUAGAUUUCUCCAAAAGUUUCUCUCUGACCUGCUUGCUGGGUUUCUUGCUCUUAAAUACUAACACUGCACGUCCCCCUAAAGGCUACUGGUUCACUAACGUACCUCAGCGGCCUUCACAAAAAGUACUGACAGACACUCAGUUGGACUCCUAAUGAGAGUACAGAAAUUUUAACAUGUAACACCCACUCUAAACUCGCUCCAAUGGCUCUCCGUCACUGUAAGAUCUGAGSCUUUCUGACUCAUCAGUGCAGCCAUGGAAAUGCUCCUCCCUAUCUACAACCUCAACACGUUCCCUGCCUUCCACACGGACUCCUUCACAACAGAACAAAACUACACACAAUGGGGAGAUCGUGCAUUCAGAAGGUCUGAAGGCGUCAAAAUCUCGGUUUAAAAUCGUUCUUUUUUUUAAUGCAGAAAAAGUGUAUUUUAAUUUAAGCUGUAAAUGCAUUUAUUUGUAGCUUCAUGCUGCUGUUUCUAAGGAUUUGUAGCACCUUCAGGUUUGAUCUAAAAAAUAUAAAUGGUAUAAUAAGAAAAAUACAUUAUUGUUAAUUCAGCAGUGUGGUAAAAAUGGUAAGGCUGUUGCUUACACUGGAUUUUAUUACGUGGUAUUUGAGUUAGAGGGCAAAAAUACAUAAUUUUCCUUCCACUUGAUAACUAUGCUAUUAUUUCUUUGGGUCAAAUUACAUAAUCCCCCCCACCCUAAAAAGAAACAUACAUGUUAGCCUGAGGAC